AUGCAAUUUCUCAUCAAGGGACAGAAGCACCGCCAUAGGGUUGUCUUCAAAAGGCGAGCAAUGACGGGCUCAGAUCCCUCGUCUUCAGCCUCAAGAUCUGUGGAAGAAUCACUUCACGGUGACACGCAGUAUCGGCAGCCUUAUCUUGCAGGACCCUCUUCCGUAGGUGGAGAGGAGGCUGUGGAGUUCGUCCUCAGCUCUCCAAGACUUGCUACCAUGUCAACAAAAACAGCUCGUGCAAGCAUGGUUCCCGACCUCUUCACAUCUCUGCCGUACAUCCGGGACUUACUCAACACGCAAUCAUCACAGAUUCAGGAAGAAACGAUUCAAGAAUGCCUCCCUUUUCUAUCUGGGUUGGAACCAGGAGCUAUAUACAAUGACUAUGGAGUUCCACAUUUGGAGAGGAAACGCCACAUUCAGUUCUUACAUAAGAGCUUGAAAAAGCUACCUGCUCCCUAUGUUGCUGCUGAUGCAAGCAGACCGUGGAUGUUCUACUGGGCACUGGCUGGCCUUUCUGCGCUCGGAGAAGAUGUUUCCCAAUAUCGGGAACCCCUCAUCUCUACUGUCCGACCCAUACAAAAUGCAACCGGAGGAUUUGGCGGAGGUAAUGGUCAGAUGUCGCAUCUUGCACCAACAUACGCUAUUGUGCUGGCGUUGGCCAUCGUCGGAGGGAAAGAAGCCCUGGAUAUCAUCGACCGAAGAGCAAUGUGGAAGUGGCUUGGUGCAUUGAAACAGCUGGAUGGUGGCUUCCAGGUGUCUGUCGGAGGUGAAGAAGACAUCAGAGGUGCGUAUUGUGCUGCAGUAAUUAUCACCCUUCUCGACCUACCCCUGGAACUUCCGCGUGACUCCCCAGCUUGGUCAGGUGAAGGCGCAAUUCUCUUGACGGGUUUGGCUGAGUGGGUUAGGAGAUGUCAAACUUUUGAAGGUGGCUUCUCUGGACUUCCAGAUGUUGAGGCUCAUGGAGCUUAUGCUUUCUGCGCUUUGGCAUGCCUAUGCAUACUGGGUGAUCCACAUGUAAUGAUUCCCAAAUAUAUCGACGUACCCCGCCUCAUGUCUUGGCUCUCGGCCCGACAAUACGCACCAGAAGGGGGCUUUUCUGGCCGUACAAAUAAACUAGUAGAUGGCUGCUACAGUCACUGGGUGGGCAGUUGUUGGCCUCUAUUAGAAGCUUGCCUUGACGGGCCCUUUCGCAGCUUUGCGGGAGGACCUCGACCGGCAGCUACAAAGUCUCUUGGAAGUCUCUACAGUCGGGAGGGUCUAAUCAGAUACAUCCUUUGUUGCUGCCAGGAUCGGACAAGGCGAGGAGGACUAAGAGAUAAGCCGAGUCACUCAUCUGAUUCUUACCAUACAUGCUAUGUUCUCGCGGGUCUCAGCUCUGCACAGCACAAAUGGCACUUCAACACCACAGAAACGAAAACUGAGACAAGCGGGAAUCUGGCCUCUCCUUAUCAAUGGACCUGCGAGCCUUUUGUUGGAGAAGAACAGAUAUAUAACGAGGGAGACCGAGUGGGAACACUCCACCCGGUAUUUGUGAUACCUGAAGGUGCCGCUGAAGAGACACGCGCGUACUUCGCAUCCAAGGGGGGCUUUUAG